AAGGCUAGUAUUUAUCGCUACGUACGCCUGGAUAGCAUUUAGAAAUCCAUCACUUUUUCAAGAAAAUCUUCAAUAUGUUCAAAAGGGACCCUGAAAGAUCUAAGUUAGUGAGUGAGAAACAAGCCAAUAUGUACUCCGUGACUCUCAGAAGCAUGUCCAGUGAAGACCCUGAAAAAGCUCCCUGUGACAAGGAUGGCGUUCUCAGUAACCACUGCCAUGAUAAGAACAGAGCUUCAGAAGACCGAAAAAUAGAGCAAAAGCUAGCAAAGCAGAGGCUUUGGGUAGUUUCCGCCAUCUGUAUGGUUUUUAUGAUUGGUGAGAUAGUUGGUGGAUACAUUGCAGGAAGUCUGGCUGUGAUGACUGAUGCAGCCCAUCUUCUAGUGGACUUUGCCAGUUUCAUGAUCAGUUUGUGUUCGUUGUGGCUGUCCUCCAGGCCUGCCACAAAGAGAUUGAACUAUGGGUGGCACAGAGCCGAAAUCCUUGGUGCCUUGCUGUCAAUUUUUACAAUCUGGCUUGUGACAGGGGUACUGGUGUACCUGGCCUGUGAAAGACUGACAAGUAAUAAUUACACCAUAGAUGGGACAGUAAUGCUUAUCACCUCAAGCUGUGCUGUAUUAGCAAAUAUUAUAAUGGGAUUAACACUUCACCAGACUGGCCAUGGUCACAGCCAUGUGGGUGUGGGGGAAAGCAGCCAUGAACAUGGGCACAGCCAUGGCAAAAGAAGUAUGGAAGAAUCGGGUCACGUCCCCCAGCAUAACGCUAGUGUGAGAGCAGCUUUCAUUCAUGUGUUGGGCGACCUUUUACAGAGCCUCAGUGUGCUAAUCAGUGCACUCAUCAUUUUCUUCAAGCCAGAAUACAAAAUAGCAGAUCCUAUUUGCACAUGUCUAUUCUCCCUCUUUGUACUGGUGACAACUUUUACAAUUCUUCGGGAUAUCUUACUGGUUUUAAUGGAAGGAGCCCCAAUAGGGAUUAACUAUAAUGCAGUAAGAGAUAGGAUUCUCAUGGUGAAAGGAGUGAAAGCAAUUCACAACGUGUAUAUAUGGGCACUCACAAUGAAUCAGGUUGUUCUCUCAGCUCAUGUUGCUUUGGAUGACACAGUGAAUCCUCAGCCAGCACUGAAAGAGAUCACCGAAGCCUGUUUUGAGAAUUUCAGCUUUCAUUCUGUGACCAUUCAAGUGGAGCAACAAUCAGAUCAGAACCCAGAGUGUGCCUUAUGUCAAAACCCCAAAGACUAAACCUGCCCAUAUUUGUUAUUGUUUGGUAGGUACUUGAAAUGAGCCUACAUUUCAUGUUGUCAGGUAAGGAGGGACUGCUUUUAGAAAGAGUCUCAAAUAAUGUACACUACCCACAAACAACUUUGGGACAAAUUAAUAUGCUAAAUGCAGAAUGACUGGGCAAGUCAUUUGUUACAGUGCAUGUUUUACCCCACUCAGACAUCUUUUGUCACUAAAUAUCUUAACAUGCAAUCGAUUUGAAAAAGUAAUUGCCUAUAAAAAAGGUUUUCUAUAUAUAUAUUGCCACUUUAUUAUAUAGUAGAUGUGUCUAUUUAUUUUGUUCAUUCUAAAAUAAAUCUAUAGUAAUGUCUACAUUUUGUAGGAAUUAUAUAAUAACCUAUUGUCCAUAUACAGUUGAUCAGCAGCAUUUUAUUUAUUUUUCUUAUUAAACUAGUUCCGAGCAGGACUGUUGGGACCCUAAUGUAGAGUAAUCUUAGUACAAUUACUCUCAAAAGCAAUGCAAAGUGAAGUGGCAGUAGUUUCCAGUAAAGGUAGCAUUUGUAUUCACAUGAAAACAUCUAGAUCAGCAUGUUUCUAUCUUUGGGGUAUGUUUUAUAGACAUAUAAAACUUCUAUAAAUCAACAGUUCUUUCCAAAUUUCUAUAUUAUAUAGUUUUCUAUGCUUGACAUAUUUCUAUAGCUUACUCUGGUCACCAUAUUUCUAUAGAGUAACAGUCUUGGAAACACCAUUGGAGAAAGUACAUUUUCUGAGGUUAAAAUUAAGAACAAAUGGCCCAUGUAGUCAUUAUGCAUUUAUUCACAUGUCCAAUGAUUACAUAUUGCCAUAUGUUUAAUUCACUAUUGUUUACCCAUCUGUAAUUAGCCUUUAUUUUAGAGAAGUAUUUGACUGAUUUCACUUAGGCUGGAUUUAACCAUGAGAUCGACAAAAUCCAAAGGCUAACCUGUUAAUCAAAACGUAUUUGUGGAAGAAGGGUUUGCAAAUGUUAAAAAAAAGUUAUACAUGUCAUCUAAUCAUCCCCAGAGUAUACGAAUGCUCAUAAAAAACCAAGGCAAUUGAUCAUUACCUAGACCACAUACAGUAAUAAAUAACAACGAAAAAUUACAUUUUUGUUGGAAAUUCUUAAAUUUCAAUCAUUUUCACUCUGACACGGUUACAACUGUAAGAAUAUUUUUACCACAGUUCUGAAGAGUAUCAGUUUCAGAAAUACUUUAAUACUGAUUGCUCCAACUUUGUAUUAACUGCCGUGGCGUAGGAUGCAUGUUACUAACAUACUUGUUUUAAAGCAGGCUAUGAGACAUCAAAAAAAACCUGUCUGUCUAUUUUUUG